CAAUUUUUGCGCCUGCGUUGCGCUGUGAUAUGAAAUGAAAGCAAAGGUGAAGGGUGAAGGUGAAAGUGAAAAUUGAAAAACAAAAAGAUUUAAUUUGGGCAAAUUGAGAAUUAAUAAGAAUAAGUAUUUGUAGGUGUCUGAACCAGUAACCAGCAGUGUUUAAAAGACUGCAAAUAUGUCUAAAGAAAUGCAGCUGUUUAAAUUAUGCAGGAGCAGCUUCGCCCAGGUGCGCUUUAUCCACAUCGCCCCAACUGCCAAUGCAGCAGUAGCUGAAGCCAAAAAAGAGAAGGCCCCCAAAAUAAAAACUUUUUCCAUCUACCGUUGGAAUCCUGAUAAACCCAAUGAAAAACCUUAUAUGCAAGAGUACAAAGUCGACCUUAAUCAAUGUGGGCCUAUGGUACUAGAUGCUUUGAUCAAGAUCAAAAAUGAAAUGGAUCCUACUUUGACAUUUAGGAGGUCUUGUAGGGAAGGUAUUUGCGGAUCUUGUGCUAUGAAUAUUGGUGGCACUAACACUUUGGCUUGUAUUAGUAAAAUAAACACGAAUGCUACCACUAAGAUCUACCCUUUGCCUCACAUGUAUGUUGUCAAGGAUUUGGUUCCAGAUAUGACCAACUUUUACAACCAGUACAGGUCCAUUGAACCAUGGCUACAAAGAGAAGAUGCUGACAAGCCUAAGUCAGGACAGGUACAGCAAUACCUUCAGAGUGUAGAUGACCGUGCAAAACUAGACGGAUUGUACGAAUGUAUAUUGUGCGCCUGUUGUUCUACUUCUUGCCCAAGCUAUUGGUGGAAUGGAGACAAGUAUUUGGGGCCUGCAGUGCUUAUGCAAGCUUACCGUUGGAUCAUCGAUUCCAGAGAUGAAGCUACAUCGAAAAGAUUAGACAAAAUGAGGGACCCCUUUUCAGCUUUCCGUUGUCACACUAUUAUGAAUUGCACAAAAACAUGCCCUAAGGGAUUGAAUCCAGGCAAGGCUAUCGCCGAAAUUAAAAAGUUAUUGGGAGGUGUGGCAACCAAACCGAAACCCCAAUUGGACCCCGUGGCGUUGCAAAAGUGAAUAUUUUGUUCUUGUUUAAUAAAUAACACAAAAUAAAGAAUUUAUUCUUGAAAACACGAUAAUAAUUGUGUAUAAUUGAAGUUAUAGUAUUAGGCAAUACCUACUUAAAGUUGUUGAAUAAACCAAAUGAAGUUUUUGUGUG